CGUCAUCAUGUCACAAGGUAAAUAACAUGGCUGCUUGCUUGCUUUUAUAUUUUUUGUCCCUAGAUGUUGUCAGCGGUUAAACGCUCAUUUUCAGUGUGUACUUACAUAACACAGGUACAGAUAUUUUGUUCCUUUUCUUCAUGGCAUAUGGUCUCUGUCAGGUUUCGCAUCGCUGUGAACAAGGCUAGAAAUAGAGGUGUUUAGAGAGCUGCAUCGCAUAAAACCAGACUUCCCAGUCAGUGUCACUUCCAUCAAAACGAUGGCCUCGUCAUUUGUCGUCGGAGAUCAGUUCAGAAAUAAGGUGACAGAGUUAUUGCAGAAGACAGACGCAUCUCUGCCACAGCGAUUGAGACUAGAACUGGAGGAGAUUCUUGAAAAACCAGAACCAGCAACCCUGUCCUUCAGUACAGCAAGAAAACUCAAGACAUACCUUCAGGACACAGGGCAUCCUUUCUACUUGCAUGAGCUGUUGGAAGACAGUUCCCUGCACCUGCCCGAGUUUGUGAAGCCUCCCAGAAACCCUGAGCUGGUAGCACGUCUGGAGAGGAUCAAAAACAAACUAGCCAAUGAGGAGUACAAUAGGAUCACACGUAAUGUCAACACUCAGGAAAUCACCCGGAGUGGAACAUUAGCAGAUUUUGGACGGCAAGUGCGAUCAGUCAAAGCAGUGGUGGUGACCAUAUUCAACUUCCUGGUCACAGUGGUUGCUGCUUUUGCCUGUUCUUACAUGGGCAGUCAGUACCUGUUCACCGAGACCACAGCGCGAGUGAUAUCAGCUGUGAUCGCUGCAUCUGUAGUCGGUCUUGCUGAGCUGUAUGUCCUGGUCCGGACCAUGGAGGGAGAACUAGGGGAACCAUAGCAGCGACAGACAACACAUGAGGGAGCAGCUCUCAAGCCUCCUGAUUCAGAUCAGACAUCCUACUUUGCAGUGAAAACUUUGUGGACUUUUUGCCUUUUAUGUAUAAGAAAAAUUGCUGGAAUAAGUUUAAACUUACUGAGGAUUUACAGAUUAACGACACAAGUAAACCAACUGGAACAUUACAAGAACAUUACAUUACAAGCAAAUUGGUUUAAAAUGACUGAUUAUCAGUUCUUUCACUUACUUAUUUAGAUACUGCUGAUUACAUUCCACCUGUCCAGACAUUUUUUUUAAUGAAAUCAAAAUAUGAGCUACAUUUCUUAUUUAUUUACAGUCAUUUUGAAUUUCAUAUUUUUCCUGGAACAGCCUCUAGUUUUUCUCCCCCCUCUUUCUCUUUGGCCCCACCCUAUAAAAAAGUGAAUGUUGCUCAUUUUCUGAUUUCCUCCAUUCUGUUCUCUGAUGUAAUCAUGUUUGUGUUUAAUAAAAUCAGCAGUGCUGACUGCUAAUCCAUAAAGUUGUUAGCUCCAGUUAGCUUUCCCUCAGAGAGUA